UCUAAAAAAAUUCUACAAUCAAUCUUAUCAUUUUGAUUCAUCAUCAUCAAUGAUGGCUCUCUCAACUUCCUUCUCCAACCUCUUCCCUUUCCUCUCACCACCAUCAAAGUCACCACAACCACCUCAACUCCCUCUUCUCCACCACCACAACAACCACCGCAACAAAUUCAUACCACUUGUUCUAAGCCGAAGUGAAACCUCUUCUUCUGUUACAUCUUCUUCAUCACAACAACGAGAACAAGAUAACCUGGAUCUUAGUUUCGAUUCACUUUCAGGUACAGACUCCAUGUUCUAUGCAUCUCCUUACAAUGUUCAAGUUGUUAUUGAAGAUGAUGAGGUUGAUGAGAGAGUUGUUGGUAGGUUUAGAAGAGAUGUUCUUAGAGCUGGUGUUAUUCAAGAGUUUAAGAGAAGAAGAUAUUUUGAGGAUAAACAAGAAGAGAAGAAACGUAGGAUUCAAGAUGCUGCUAAGCGUAAUCGUAGAGCUAGAUUCCCUAGGCGCCCUAUGGAUGGGAACUCUCAGAGAGGACCGUUCAACAACAACUACUGGCAGGAUGAUCCAAAACCUGAGAAGGAAGAGGAGGAUGAUGAUGAUACCUGGGAUCUACCUGAAGAGGAUGUGCAACAAUUUUGACAUCAGAAUUAAUUCCCCAUAUCUGUAUGAUUCUUCGCAUUUUACUGUGAGAGGCUUUGUCUGCAUGUAGAUUCUAUUAUGUGAAACUUAAAUCAGUUCCUUGGACCCAAUUAUUGUAUUGUUCAAUAUACAUUUACUUUGAUUAUGAUAUGUAUAUUAAUACAAUAUGUUCAUUUGUGCAUUGAAA